AUGACUGGACCACUAUAUGUGAAGAAUACAUCAGGGGGGACAGACAAAGAAUACAUCGCAUUGUUUUCCUGUUGCGUAACUAGGGCCAUACAUUUAGACCUAGUUAAGGAUUUGUCUGCGGAUGAAUUCAUGAGAUGCCUUAGACGAUUUUCAGCUAUAAGGGGGACCCCAUCAUUAAUGGUAUCAGACAAUGCAAAAUCAUUCAAAGCAACAGUCAAGACUUUAGAAAACCUCUAUAAUAUAGCAAGUGUGCAAGGGUAUUUGGGAAACAAUAGGAAAGAGUGGAAAUUCAAUCUAGAAAGAGCUCCCUGGUGGGGUGGAUUUUUUGAAAGAAUGGUUAGGUCAGUGAAGAGGUGCUUGAAGAAGGUACUUGGAAAUGCUAGGUUGGCAUUUGACGAACUACUGACAGCGAUGGUAGAAGUUGAGGCAACAUUCAAUUCUAGGCCAUUGACUUAUACGUACGACGAGGUGGGUGGUGAACCACUAACUCCUUCGCAUUUGGUGACGGGAAGAAAGCUGUUGUUCAUGCCAGACGUAGGGUCUGGUUCUGGUGAAAAAGAGCCUGAUGAGGGUUACUGUAAACAACGGUAUCGGUAUUUGAGUAAGAAAAAAUUGCAUUUCUGGAAUAGGUGGCGUAAAGAGUAUUUGGUUGGUUUAAGACAGUUUCAUAAGCAGGACAAGGACAAUGUUAUUAGGGUAGUAGAGAAGGAAGAUGUCAUGACUGUUUAUGAGGAUAAUGUCAAAAGAGGAAAUUGGACGACAGGUGUAAUAGAGGAGUUGUUUUAG